AUGGUUUUAAUUAAAAAUUUGUUAAAUUAUCGCUCUAACUUAAGAAAACAUACAUCGAAUUAUGCUUGUAUUAAGUGUGUCCGGGCGAAAAGCUCGGCGGAAGCAAAGGAAAAAACAUAUUCACAUACAAUUCUGUUUCCCAAAACAAAAUUUCCGGCCCGCGUUAGUAAUUCUAUUAAGGAAGAGAUUCAAAGGGUCGCGCAGUUCUCAGAACUUUAUGCCUGGCAGAGACAGAAUAAAACAGGGCCAGAAUUUGUUUUGCAUGAUGGUCCUCCAUAUGCAAAUGGAGAUUUACACAUGGGACAUGCAGUAAAUAAGAUUAUAAAAGACAUAAACAACAGAAGUCAAGUUUUGCAAGGAAACAAAGUUCAUUAUGUACCAGGAUGGGAUUGCCAUGGGCUACCUAUAGAAUUGAAAGCUUUACAAAAAGCAAAGAAGACUACAAAGGGUAACAUUCCUUCAGAUUCAGUGAAUACUAGAGAAAUUGCAAGAGCUUUUGCUUUGGAAACUGUGCAGAAACAAAAAUCUGCCUUCCAAAGUUGGGGUAUAAUGGCAGAUUGGGAGAAGAAUUGCUAUUUGACAUUGGAUAAACAUUAUGUUCAGAACCAACUAAGGCAGUUCUAUAAGAUGUAUAAAUAUGGAUUGGUAUUUCGUGCUUUAAAACCAGUGUAUUGGUCACCAUCAUCAAAAACAGCUUUAGCAGAGGCGGAGCUCGAAUAUGACCAACAGUUUAAAAGUAAAGAAGUGUAUGUUACGUUCCAGUUGGCAACAGUGCCUAAAGUUGUAAAACAUAUUAUCUCUGGUAAAACUAUUUCGGCCAUAGUUUGGACGACUACACCAUGGACUCUUGUUGCUAAUAAGGCAAUUUGUUAUAGUCCUGCUAUGAAAUAUAGCAUAGUCUCUUUGAUUAAUAAACCAGGAGAAAUGUUCCUAGUGGCCAGUGCACAAAUUGAUUCCUUGGAGAAGUUGCUUGGCGUGGAGUUUGCCCGACUAGCUGAGUUUGAUGGCAGUGAACUAAUUGGGACCACAUACAAGUGCAAAUUUACAUCAGGAACCCUUCCGUUUCUUGAAGCAGAUCAUGUUACAGAGGGCAAAGGGACUGGUUUGGUUCAUACUGCGCCUGCGCAUGGUCCCGAAGAUUUUUUGGUUGCUUUAAAGAACAAUAUGACAGUGGAAUGCAACGUAGACGAAUCUGGACGCUAUGUAAACUUGGGUAAUAAUUUUGAUGGUCUCUCAGUCCUCGGUGAUGGUCAAGAUGCGGUCAUAAACGCUCUUGGCGAUUCCGUCAUCCACCAGGGUGUUUACAUCCAUUCAUAUCCUCUCGACUGGAGGACCAAGAAACCGGUCAUCAUCAGGGCUAGUCAGCAGUGGUUUAUUGAUACGGCGGCGUUGAAGAACAAAGCGUUGGAAGCUUUAGACAAAGUGGUGUUACUACCACCAUCAAGCGCCGAACAGUCCCGUCAGGGUUUCAGGGCCCAGUUGGAGAAGCGGCCAUAUUGGUGUAUCUCGAGGCAGAGGGCUUGGGGCGUGCCUAUUCCUGUUUUAUAUACAGGCGAUGAAGUUAUUGUUGAUGAAGCCGUCAUUGAAAACCUUUGCAACCUGAUCGAGAAACAUGAUACCAAUAUCUGGUGGACGUGUGACGUUAAAGACUUGAUAUCUGAUGACGUGAUGAAGAAGUACAAUAUCAAAGAAGUUAAGAAAGGAAAUGAUAUAAUGGACAUCUGGCUGGAUUCGGGCCUCUCAUGGCAGACGUUGGAGGGAAAGCGAGCUCGUCUCUAUUCUGAGGGAGUGGACCAGCUUACGGGCUGGUUCCAAGCAUCUCUUUUAACUUCCCUCGCUUUGACAGGGGAAGCACCUUACGAGUCAAUAUUCGUCCACGGGUUCGUAGUUGAUGAAAAGAAACGGAAGAUGUCAAAAUCCAUCGGCAACGUGAUCGACCCGUACACAAUCAUUAAUGGUGAUAAGAGGCAACAGGGAUACGGCGUAGAUACUUUGAGGUGGUGGGUGGCCAGUCACGCAACACAACAUUCCCAAAUUGUGAUCAGUAAGAAGCUUCUAGAAGACUGUCAGAGCGAAGUUAUAAGGAUACGUAAUAUAUUAAAAUACCUCCUCGGAGUAGUUGGUGAUGUGGACAAAGGAAAAUUUGACGCACAGCCAGAGCUAAAUUAUUUUGAUCAGUAUAUGGUUCAAGAGUCACAUAAUUUCCUGCAACAAAUAACCGAUCAUUAUAAUAAUUUCAGAUAUAAUCAUGUCGCACAAUCUCUAUUAUUUUUCAUCAGUAAUAAAGUGUCAGGUCUCUAUUGCCAUUGUAUCAAGGACAGGCUCUACUGCUCGCCCAAAGACUCUAAUGAAAGACUGUCCGCACAGUUAACAAUUCAUAAAAUUUUAGUCACUCUAUUUCAGACUUUAGGACCAAUUUUGCCACAUUUAAUAGAAGAGGCAUGGCAAUAUCAUCCGUUGUAUGAGAAACCAUUUUAUUUUACCAAAGAAAUACCAGUAUUGCCAUAUAAACAUAUCGAUACGUCAUUAAUGGUAGCCAUUUUGGAAAUUAAAAGAGAUGUAUGUUUGCUUACAAAAAAUGAGAAUUUAAAAAAGUUUGAUCUGAACUUGAAAUUAGAAACGGAAUUGUAUUCUAAAUUAAGGGAAUUGAAUGCAAGCGACGGUGUUGCUGAUAAUGUUUUAUGCGAGAUUCUAGAACUCUCAUCUGUCAAUUUAGAGGAGAUAAGAAAUGGCGGGAAACGUUGGGAAUUAGAAGUAUCACAGAGUAACAGAAAUCAGUGUCUACGGUGUAGAAAAUAUAAUGUCACAGAUAAUAGCGACAAAUGUUUCAGGUGUGAACAAGUGCUUUCGAUGUUAUAA